CGGACAUUUAUUCAUCAUGUCCCUGCGGUCGAUUCUGUUCUCGCUUUCCGCCUCGUUGGCGUCGGCAACCAACCUCUAUGCCACUCACUAUAGCGGCACGAUCUACUCCCUCUCACUGACGCACAGCAGCAAUGGCAGCGACCUUGCCAUCUCGUCGGAGAUCCAGGGUUGUGGCCCCAUGCCCAGCUGGCUGACCCUCGACCCCGCCACGCGCAUCAUUUACUGCAACGAUGAGACGGGUAACGCCUCGACCAAUGGCUCCCUGAACGCCCUCUCCGCGUCGACCGACGGUACCCUGAAGCUGAUCGCCAGCACCGAGGCAGCUCCGGGAGGUGGUGUGAACAGCGUCAUCUACACCGGCGAACAUGGUGCCCAAUACCUGGCCAUUGCACACUACGGCGGCUCGGCUCUCUCCACUUUUACUCUUCCCCUCACCCCAGAGUCGCAACCCCUGCAGGUUUUCCGCUACACCUUCUCCGAUGACAACCCCAAACGCCGCCCCCAGCAAGAUUCCCCACACCCGCACCAAGUUUUCCUCGACCCGACCGGCGCCUUCGUCCUCGUCCCUGAUUUGGGGUCGGACCUUCUCCGCGUCUACGCCAUUGACAAGGCCACUGGCAAGCUGCAGUCCCACUGCACUGACCUGACCUACCCGACGGGCAGCGGACCCCGCCACGGUCUCUUCUGGGAGUCUGCCGACGACCACCACAGCAUCCUGACCACCAACAACCGCAACACCCGCCGCAACACCCGCCGCAACACCCGCCGCAACCGCAACCAGGCCCAACAACAAGGCGCCGCCACCCUUUACACUGCCAACGAACUCGACGGCCACCUCAAGGUCUUCGACGUCUCCUACGUCUCCGACGGCUGCCUCUCGUUCCGCCAGCUCCAGGCCCUCGUGCCCUACCCGACCACUAACGACUCGCUCCCGACCGGGGCGACGCUGGCUGAGAUCCGCAAGUCCGGGAAUGGACUGUAUGUGUCGGUACGCUCCGACCACGGCUUCGCGCCCUACGACAGCAUUGCCACGCUGACCCGCCAUGCGAAUGCAACCGUUGAGUUCGAGCGCGUGAGUUCCGCGUAUGGCACCGUCCCCCGGACGUUUGUCAUCAACAAGGCGGGCGACCUGGUGGCCAUUGGCGACCAGGCGAGCUCCAACGUUGCGAUCGUGGCACGUGACCCCGACACGGGCGUCUUGGGCGAGAAGAUUGCCGAGUUGCAGGUCGGGGAGCCCGGUGCGGUGGGCACGGCCGAGGGGUUGAGCAGCAUCAUCUGGGAUGAGUGAGAGUGCUUUCUCCCGAGGGCUGGAAAAAGUACAUAGUUGGGGUUUGCAUGCUGCAUGCAUGCUAGAUAUCGCGAGCGAGACUGAACAGUGUGAAAUGUGUCGUCGAUAGUCGAUUGACUUACCUACAUACCUAUAUAUUAUGUGAAUAAAUGG